AUGGCUCUCGUCCCAAUCAUCAACUCUGGAAAAUAUAGGAUCAAAAACGUCAAGUAUGGUCCUAUCCGUGACGAUGAGGGUGCCCUCGGAGCCAAGGGUAACUCGAAGUCGGAGGAGCUUGUUUGGAAUGUUUCCCUAAACUCGGACAAGUCCUAUACUCUCACACCAGUGGAUCCAGCAAUCUCAGCAGGUCCUGGAGGCGCCAUCAGCGAGGUGUCCAAACGAUUUUACGUCAGUAUUGAAGACGCCGCUGUCUCAAGCAAAUGGCACCUCCAGCCAGUACUCAUCGGCUCUGACACUCGUAUCCUCUACGCUAUCUAUGAGCCCGACAUGAAAGGUCACUGGGAGCUCAGUAGCUCGGAUAAGAAAGAGCCGGUAAAACUCAACAGGGACCCGACAGACGAUGAAAAUCAGCCGGUUCCAUCGCAUUUUACUCCAGAGGCCCUCUGGAUAUUCGAGCAUGUGAUUGGCGACGAGUAG